UCCCUCCACGCGUUUGGGCUGGGGAUAGCAGCAGCAGCAGCAGCAGUAGAAGCAGCAGCAGCAGCAGAAGAAGACAGAGCAGGGCGGUUAGAGAGGAGAGAGAGGUGUGAGAGCAGAACACAGCGCCUCGCCUGCACAAGCAUUCGUGCAGGGCGUGUGGAUGUGAUGCCCACCCGGAGAGACAUGGUGUAAACAAACCCGCUUUGCCCCGUCACUGAGCUCCACCACGGAGGUUGUUUGCCACGAUGUUGAGCCGUCUGUUCAGCGAGGUCCUGCCGGACGUCCAGAGGCUCGCGGCUGACUGGGUGGAGGGCGCUGAGAACGAGGCCUGCAAGGACAAGGCCGGAGAGCACGAGCCCUGUGACCUCGACGACGACUUGGACGAGCCGCUGGAAGGCAGCAGUCGAGCCGAGUCUGAGAUGGCCGACGACGACGAAGAUGAUGAUGAUGAUGGUGAUGACGAUGAGGCCGAGGAAGAGUGCGAGGAUGGGAACAGUGAAGGCAAACCCAAGAAGCGCGGCCCAAAGAAACGCAAAAUGACACCGGCGCGCGCGGAGCGCUCCAAGGUGCGUCGAAUGAAGGCAAAUACGCGGGAGCGCACGCGCAUGCACGACUUAAAUUCUGCGCUGGACAGUCUGCGCAAAGUGGUGCCAUGCUACUCCAAAACCCAAAAACUCUCUAAAAUAGAGACUCUGAGGCUGGCCAAGAAUUACAUAUUAGCCCUUGGGGAGAUUUUACGCAACGGGAAACGGCCAGAUGUGGUGGCCUACGUGCAGAUGUUGUGUAAAGGUCUGUCCCAGCCCACUACCAACCUGGUGGCAGGCUGUCUGCAGCUCAACACCAGGAACUUCGUGACUGAGCCGUGUGCAGAUGGAGCCCGCUUUCACAUGCCCAGCUCUCCUUUCUCCGCCCACCCCUACUCCUACCGAUGUUCCCGCAUCUCCAGCCCUCAUUACCAGCCCGGGGGCGGUGCGCUUAAUGUGCGGGGCCAUUCCUACGGUUCCGGGUACGAGGGUGUAUACCCGCCGGGUGGGACUUCGCCGGACUAUAACAGCGCGGACUACGAGGCCGCGCAUAGCCCGCCCGUCUGCCUGAACGGCGGACUGUCCGGCAGACAGCAGGAGCCCUCUGAGACAGACAGGAACUAUCAUUACUCUAUGCAUUACUCCGGACUGACCACGUCUCGGCCCAGCCACAGCAUACCUUAUGGGCCGUCGGGAGCGCGCAGUGGCGGUGCGCACUCAGAAAACAUUCCACCUUUCCACGACGUGCACUUGCACCAUGACAGGGCGCCACCGUAUGAGGAUCUCAAUGCUUUUUUCCACAACUGAGCCCUCGCAAUCAGAUGCAUUGACCUUAAAAUGACAAUCCUAUAACGUGUAAUAUUGUUUGGGAAACAAGAGAUGAAAGAGGGAAGUGGCAGAAAGAGUCCUCUGAUUACCUUCUGUAUUCUACUGAUGUCAUCCCUAUACUGUUGUACAUCCUAUCAAAGUGUGUCCAGUAAUAUCCUGUAUGCAGAAUGAGUGCAAUUGACAUAAAAGAUGUAUAGGCCUAAACAUGUUAUGACACAAACAACAGAAAUAAAAAAAAAUGUUU